CUCAGAGGUAAGGUUGUUGUUCGCAUUCUCAACACACACCGAAUUUCUUUCUCUGUGCGGCGGACAUGACAAUUUCCGACUGAGACCCCGUAUGUGCGCCCAACCACCAACCAGCAACCGCCAACCGCCGACCAUCAACCACCAACCACCGCACACCGCUCUCACAUCUCACCUACAUACAUGGCCAUGCACCAAGACCACCCAUGGCCUACCCACCACCACCAUCACCAAAACCCAUGGCCCACCACCACCACUACUAUCACCAUCACCUCCUCCUCUUCCUCCUCUCCUCCUCUCCUCCUCCACCACGGCGGACCCGUGCCACGGCCAUGCCCUCGAAUUCACGCCUGGCCUUCUCCCUCCUACCCACCCCACUGCCGAGCCCCAUCCAUCCAUCUUCUUCCCAACUUGCUCUCGCACUCACAUACAUGAUGUUCUCUUCCCUACCCUACCUACCCUAACCACCCAACCCACAUCCACAUAUGCAGCUCGAUUGAUUAUUCUGUGCUUCUGCGCUUGUAGCGAACGAACGCAGCAACGCAAUGCUGUGGCGAUUCGCAUUGGCCACCGUCGUUUCCGCCCCAGAAAUCCCGUCCUCCCGCUAACCAUUCCCCAACCGUGCCGCCGUGCGCUGGGAUCCCGAUCACCGCUCUCUUUCUUUCUUUCUCUCCCACGCGCUGUCUCCGGAGGAGGGGAAUGUUCCCCUCCUCCGAUUAAAACAAUACCCUCAACUCACUGGGGAACUAACCAACCCUCGACGCGCGUAGCCAAUUGUCGAUUGUCUACAGCUCCAAGGCAGUUUUUUUUCUUCUUUCACCGUGGCUAUCUGCCAGUCAGAGAUCUGUGGCCGUGCAUGUCCAGACUACCAGCAUGUAGAGUAACUGCCUAUGACUGCGACCUGCAUGGGCGUGUACCGUCCUUUGGUGGGUUAAGGGUCGGUAGGGGGGGCAGGCAGGCAAGCAAGCAGGCAGGAGGCAGCAUGCGGAGAUUCCUUGUCUAGCAGCAGCAGAAGCAGAAGCAGCAGAAGCAGAAGCAGCAGCGGCGCAGCGUUUAGCACAGGUUCGACGUGGCCGACGAUCUAUUUUCUGCUACGCCUGUAGAGUACUCUAGAGUCUAUCCCCUCCCAUCCAAAACGUACACUACAUAUCUCAUACUCGACCACUCUCAACCAUCAUGGGCCCGGCCUCCACCUCCAUCGUUACCCACCGCUAUGUACAUACCACUAAACCGCACGGUGGGUGCGUGAAUUCCAAAGUAAUCGAGCACCGUAGUAGCUCACUUGUGUCUUCACCAACCGUGACGACCGAGCCGUCACUUGUGCCUCCGCCC